CAUGUUCCGUAAGAAAAAGAAGAAACGCCCAGAGAUCUCAGCCCCACAGAACUUCCAACACCGUGUCCACACCUCCUUCGACCCCAAAGAGGGCAAGUUUGUGGGCCUCCCACCACAAUGGCAGAACAUCCUGGAUACACUGAGGCGCCCCAAGCCCGUGGUGGACCCUUCACGCAUCACACGAGUGCAGCUCCAGCCCAUGAAGACAGUGGUACGGGGCAGCUCGGUGCCAACAGAUGGCUACAUCUCAGGGCUGCUCAAUGACAUCCAGAAGUUGUCAGUCAUCAGUUCCAAUACUCUCCGUGGUCGCAGCCCUACCAACCGGCGGCGGGCACAGUCUUUGGGGCUGCUAGGGGAUGAGCACUGGGCCAAUGAUCCGGACAUGUACCUCCAGAGCCCCCAGUCUGAGCGCACUGACCCCCACAGCCUCUACCUCAGCUGCAACGGGGGCACACCAGCAGGUCACAGGCAGAUGCCAUGGCCUGAACCACAGAGCCCACAGGUCCUGCCUAACGGGUUGGCCACCAAGGCACAGUCCCUGGGCCCUGCUGAAUUCCAGGGUGCCUCACAGCGCUGCCUGCAGCUGGGCGCCUGCCUGCAGAGCUCCCCACCUGGCACCUCACCCCCUAUGGCUACAGGGAGGUGGGGCGUGAAGGGUGCCAAGCAUGGCUCUGAGGAAGCCCGGCCACAGUCUUGCCUGGUGGGCUCAGCCACAGGCAGGCCAGGUGGCGAAGGCAGCCCUAGCCCAAAGGCCCAAGAGAACAGCCUCAAGCGCAGGUUAUUUCGAAGCAUGUUCCUCUCCACUCCUGCCACGGCACCUCCAAGCAGCAGCAAGCCAGGCCUUCCACCACAGAGCAAGCCCAACUCUGCUUUCCGACCGCCACAGAAAGACUCCCCUCCAAGCCUGGUGGCCAAGGCCCAAUCCUUGCCCUCAGAACAACCCAUGGGGACCUUCAGUCCUCUGACCACCUCGGACACCAGCAGCCCCCAGAAGUCCCUCCGCAUAGCCCCAGCCACUGGCCCACUUCCAGGUCGGUCUUCCCCAGCGGGCUCCCCCCGCACCCGGCAUGCCCAGAUCAGCACCAGCAACCUGUACCUGCCCCAGGACCCCACAGUGGCCAAGGGUGCCCUGGCUAGUGAGGACACGGGCAUUGUGACACAUGAGCAGUUCAAGGCUGCACUCAGGAUGGUGGUGGACCAGGGUGACCCCCGGCUACUGCUGGACAGCUACGUGAAGAUUGGCGAGGGCUCCACGGGCAUUGUUUGCCUAGCCCGAGAGAAGCACUCUGGCCGCCAGGUGGCCGUCAAGAUGAUGGACCUCAGGAAGCAGCAGCGCAGGGAGCUGCUCUUUAAUGAGGUGGUGAUCAUGCGGGACUAUCAGCACUUCAACGUGGUGGAGAUGUACAAGAGUUACCUGGUGGGCGAGGAGCUGUGGGUGCUAAUGGAGUUCCUGCAGGGCGGGGCCCUCACAGACAUCAUCUCCCAAGUCAGGCUGAAUGAGGAGCAGAUCGCCACUGUGUGUGAGGCUGUGCUGCAGGCCCUGGCCUACCUGCAUGCCCAAGGUGUCAUCCACCGGGACAUCAAGAGUGAUUCCAUCCUGCUGACCCUUGAUGGCAGGGUGAAGCUCUCGGACUUUGGAUUCUGUGCUCAGAUCAGCAAAGAUGUCCCUAAGAGGAAGUCCCUGGUGGGAACCCCCUACUGGAUGGCUCCUGAAGUGAUCUCAAGGUCUCUGUAUGCCACUGAGGUGGAUAUCUGGUCUCUGGGCAUCAUGGUGAUUGAGAUGGUGGAUGGGGAGCCUCCCUAUUUCAGUGACUCCCCAGUGCAAGCCAUGAAGAGGCUCCGGGACAACCCCCCACCCAAGCUGAAAAACUCUCACAAGGUAUCCCCAGUGCUGCGAGACUUCCUGGAGCGGAUGCUGGUGCGGGAUCCCCAAGAGAGAGCCACGGCCCAGGAGCUCCUGGACCACCCUUUCCUGCUGCAGACAGGGCUGCCUGAGUGCCUGGUGCCCCUGAUCCAGCUCUACCGCAAGCAGACCUCCACCUGCUGAGCCCACUCUGAACUAUGGGCUGGGACAGAAGGUAUACCACCUCCUGGGGGUCCAUCACAUCAGAAGGGGCACCCCAUCUGUGUGAACCUGCUGCCCCAGCUGCCUCUGCAGACCCUUGCCCCCUUAUCCUCCUUCCCUCUCCACCUUCUAGGCUAUUGUGAGACAGGGAAGGCCAGGGAAGAAUUCCAGGUGUCUGGACCCUUUCCAGAUAAUAUUUUUAGAUCUCUCUGUCCCCUGUGAUCAGCUUUAGGGCAAAGAAGUUGCAAGGACAUUUUUUUAAGGGUCAGGGUUUUAAAAACAAAAGGAUCUUCCCUAGAAAUUUUUGUGAAUUGUUUGCACUUGUGCCUGUUUUAAAUUAAACUGAGUGUUUAAA